AUGACCCACCAGUACCCCCCGCUCACUGCCGAGCAGAAGAAGGCGCUUUCGGACAUUGCCCAGCGGAUCGUGGCCCCGGGCAAGGGCAUCCUGGCCGCCGAUGAGUCCGUAGGCAGCAUGGCCAAGCGGCUGAACCAGAUCGGGGUGGAGAACACGGAGGAGAACCGCCGUCUCUACCGCCAGAUCCUCUUCAGCGCCGACAGCCGGGUCAAGACGUGCAUCGGGGGGGUCAUCUUCUUCCACGAGACCCUCUACCAGAAGGCCGACGACGGCACCCCCUUCGUGGACCUGGUCCAGGACAAGGGCCUCGUGGUGGGCAUUAAGGUGGACAAAGGGGUGGUGCCCCUGGCCGGCACGGAUGGAGAAACCACCACCCAAGGCCCUCUUGCUAGUGUCCAGUAA